AUGAGGCAUGUAAGUGUACCAAACGUUAAUGAGCAUUGCAGACAAGACGAGAUCGAGCCCGAGCCGGGGUUUAAAUGCAUAAGUUGAGAUCAUUCGACAUCGCCCAUGUCACAGUCCGCGUCUGGACGAGUUUGUGUUCGCAUGUGGUCGUCAGCGCCGGGGACCCACAACGCGCUUUCACCGAACUUGGCUAUAAGAAGUGGUUUUAG